AUGUUAACAACAUCAGAGAGCAAGCGCAAGAGAGUUUCCGAAUCGACAAUAGAUGCUCAUCAAGCUAAUGAUGAAAAUAUUGAUGAUGAAGAAAUUUCCGUCCAUGCCAUCGAUCCAUCCAAUGUAGUCGAUAAGAAGGAAAAGAUUGAAAGAGCAAAAAUUUCGAAACUCUUGCAAUUGAAGAAGGAGAAGGAAGAAAUUGAUCGUCAGAGGAGGGAAUUAGAUUAUUUGGAAAAGUUUAUUCUGAACAAGCCUAUGAGCAUUUCCGAACCUAAUUCUGCUGUUACUCCAUCAUCGUCUGCUACUCAUGUUGAAGAAAUUGAUUAUCAAAUCUUUUUCCGACAAAAAGCAGUGAUUGAUUUACUUCAAGAACAGGGAAAGCAAAAUAUGAUUAGAUUUAAUGUGAGAGGUAAAAUAUUCGUCACUUCGAGAGCAACUAUUGAAAAGAGAGAAAAUAUGCUAAAGACCAUGUUAUCUUCCAAUUUUGGUAUUGAUACCGAUUCUACAGGUGCCAUCACACUUGAUUGUAAUCCAGAUUAUUUUCAAAUUAUUUUGGAACAUAUUAGAACAGGUUCUACUACUCAUAUUGGUGUGUUUGAGGAAAGAACUGAGGAUUAUCUUGACAAGUUUAAUGAAUUGUUGGAGAUGGCUGACUUUUUUGGUUUGUCUAAAUUAGCAAGUGCUGUAAAGACAAUUGUAAAGGAUAUUGAAUCAGAUAAAAGAAGUGAAAACAAGAAACUAACCUCAUUGGAUUCUAGUAUGGUUUCAAUCGAUAAAGAACAGAAAGAACAGGAAUACAUUGAGAAUUUCAUGUCUCUUACUAUAACUGAGAAGGAAAAUGCAGAUUCAUACUUUUCAGAUGUGGAAACAAAACUUGAAAAGGAAAGAAAAGAAUUGUUACAAAGAGAGAAGGAUUUAUUGUCCUCAUGCUCCAAUCCAGAAUUGGUGUUCAAUGUAAGAGGCGUCAGGCAUGUUGUUUCCAUUCAGAAAAUUGUUGCUCAUCCCGAUUGUAUUCUCAAUGAUUUAUUAGCUAGAGUGGAUUCUGGUGAAUUGGAUAAUAAUGAAAUUUUAAUAGAUAGAGAUCCAGAAGUUUAUCAGUACAUAUUCUCAUUCUUACAAAAUGGAUCAUUUUCAAUUCCAAGUGAAGAACACAAGAAGAAGCAAAUAUAUCGUGAAGCCAAAUCACUCAACUUGAGAAAAAUGAUUGACUAUUUCGAUCCACUACGUUGGCCAAUAGAAACAAUAGGUAAAGAGAAUAUCAAAAUGAGAGAGGAGGAGGAUUACAUUAGAGAAUUAUUUGCAACUGACAGAGAAAAUCCAUUAUUGAAAGAUCCUUACCUAUUUUUGAUCAAUAUUUUCGAAAAUCAAACUAUUAGAGAUGGUUUUAAAAAGGAAACAACCAAUCCGAAUAUUCCAUUAAUUUUUAACUUUGAAGAUCAAAUAGAAUGCUCAGAAUUAACUUGGAAGGGAAAUGUAGCUGAACCAAGAAUUCCAGAAAUUAUUUCUAGUAAGGAUGAAUUUAUUGCUCAAUUCAAUGCAGUUACCUAUGGUAUUUUCAAAGAUGCUGACUUUUCAAAUAUGGCUGUAGCUGGAGGAAGUAUUUGUGCAUGCCUUUUGAACCAUUCUGAUUCACCUGAAAAGACUUCCAAUCCAGGUAGACACAAUUGGGAUGAAGAUGAUGCAUCUGAUGAAGAGGUACCUGAAGCAUCUAACGCAGAUAAUUGCUUUACCGAUUCAGAUAAUGAAUCCUACAAUGCAGGUUACAGUGGAACUAGUUAUAAUAGAACGUGGGGUGCCUCAAGUUUUGCUGACAAUAGAACAGAAAAUCAAAAGAUGGCCGACAAACUUGGAAGUACAGCAUGGAAAGACAGUGAUAUUGAUAUUUUCUUGUAUGGGCUUACUGAACAACAAGCAGAAGAAAAACUCACAUACCUCUUCACUCUAUUCAAGAAGAAUUUGAAUAGUCACACUGCAAGAACAUACCAGAAUGGGAUAUCUGAUGAUAUUAUGAUUGUCAGAACUCAACAUGCUGUGACCUUUUAUUUCUCCUAUCCUAUCAGACCUGUUCAAAUUAUUUUAAGAAUUUACAAAUCAAUUACUGAGAUAUUGUGUGGUUUUGACAUUGAUAGUGUAACUGUUGCAUUCGAUGGCAAUCAAGUGUUUGCCCUACCAAGAUUCAAAAGGGCUAUCAAGUAUAGAAUGAAUUUAGUAGAUCCAGAUCGUCAGUCCACAACAUAUGAAACUCGCUUAGUAAAGUACGCUAAAAGAGGUUUCAGAAUAGGAAUUCCAGGGUUUGAUCCAUCACUGAUUAAAAAUGAAUAUUUAACCCAGGGUAAAAACCCAUUUUAUUAUCGUAGAAAAUACAGAUAUUAUAGGUUUAGCAAUCAUAAGGCUGAUGUUUCAAGAGUUACAGGAUUGGCAAGGAUUUUAUUGUACAAACAAGCUCACAAAUAUGCAAAAAAUGUUAGAAAAUCGAUUGUGGAAGAAAAUAUUGAAAAUCAGGAGAAUGACCACGAUUAUAAACAGCUUUGCCUUCCAUACAGUUCAACAGCAACCCCAUCCCAUAACUAUCAAACAACCCAGUCUGUUAUUGCUUAUUUUAUGGAAAAAUUGGGAAAGAAACCUCAUUUCGAAUGUGCUUUGAAUGAUGUAUUCUCGGUUUUGCACACCUCUGGUGACAAUUCCACCCUUGAAGCUGAAGUUAAAUGGAUGGUUAUUGAGCCAACCACACAAAAAAUUGGAAGUUUCAACCCAACAACAAAUAACUUUUACAAGGAUGCUUAUUCUUCUAUUAAUGCAACAGGUCUUACGCCUGUUAAACGUAAGAAAUUGAAAUCAAUCUACACAUGGUCUUGGCAAAAUAGGAACACUUUUAUUAGUUAUGAUGAAGCAACUUGUGGCGUUAUUGAAAAAGCAUACAGAGAAUAUAGGGAUAAUGCUUCUAAAGACAGAGUCAAUGUUUCUGAUACUCACUACAUUGAUUUUAGAAGAAUGAAACAAGUAGCAAAAGCAGAUUCCACAAGACAAAGAGCAGUCAAAAGAACAAAAUCUGUUGUUGUGGAUUGA